AUGGCAGAGAAAACUGAUAAUAGAGUUUGUGGAACAAUUCAGGUCACCGGAAAGAAUUGUGAUUCCAUUCGGACCGAAGGGCAAGAUGUCGACCUUCCAGGAAAGCAACAUUACAAGUGCAGAAGAAAUAUCUUGCAAAGAGUCUGGACGCUUAGCCGAGAAGAUAGUAAAGAUGGAACCAAAUACAAUACAUCACCCUCGGAAAGUAAAUCUCACGUAUCACAACGAAAGGGAAAAGUGAAGAGGUUCAUGUUCGGUGUGUCGAUUCGUUGCGGACCUUCACCACCGUCGGAAACAACACUAAAACACAAUGCGGUAGUGGCACCAGCAUCAAGAGUGAAAACGAUGCUGAUAUUGCAGAAAGCUUCAAAUAUUGCCUUGACCAAAAAGCAAUCCAUUUAUUGCAGGCAUCCUUUGGGAAACUGUGCCGAAUCGGUAUCCUGGGAAGCACUACGUGGACAAAGAAAAUCCAGACGAAACCGUGCCGUCUUGUACUCGCGCACCCUAAGAGACAAGGAGAACAAUUGA